GCCGAUUCCUCUGAAAAGCAGUCUCCUGAGAGAAGGAUCCCCCGCUGCUCCCCACCUUCCUACAGUCCUGUGCCCCCACUUGUCCUGCUCCUGAGGGAGACGAGGCAAGGUGAUCCGAUCCGCAGUGGCUCUGGCGACAGCGAUCUGAAGUCAAAGGGCGGGAGAACUUGGGUCUCUGGCCCCUCCCGAGGACCAUGCCGCAGCCCUGCUGACCCAGCAGUAGGGGCCUGAGGCAGGGCACCUGGAAUGGGCUGUGUGUUCUGCAAGAAGUUGGAGCCAGGGCUCAAGGAGGAUGUUGGCCUGGAAAGUGACUUCAGGGGCAGUGGGGCCACGGACCGCUAUGGCCCUGACCCGACUCAGGCCCGGACCGUGUCCUCCUUUGCCCAUAUCCCCAACUACAACUUCUCCACUCAGUCCACCAGCCCCGCCUUUCUCGAUGGGAGCACCAUCAGGGGCAUCUCAGGGACUGGGGUGACCCUAUUCGUCGCCCUGUAUGACUAUGAGGCCCGGACAGAGGAUGACCUCCCCUUCACCAAGGGUGAGAAGUUCCACAUCCUGAACAACACUGAGGGUGACUGGUGGGAAGCUCGUUCUCUCAGCUCCGGACAAACUGGCUAUAUUCCCAGCAACUACGUGGCCCCUGUGGAUUCUAUCCAGGCUGAAGAGUGGUACUUUGGAAAGAUCGGGAGGAAGGAUGCAGAGAGGCAGCUGCUCUCCCCUGGGAACCCCCGAGGGGCCUUUCUUAUUCGUGAGAGUGAGACUACCAAAGGUGGCUACUCCCUGUCCAUCCGGGAUUGGGACCAGGCUAGAGGCGACCAUGUGAAGCAUUACAAAGUCCGCAAGCUGGAUACCGGUGGCUACUACAUCACCACACGGGCCCAGUUCGACUCCGUGCAGGAGCUGGUGCAGCACUACAUUGAGGUGAACGACGGGCUAUGCCACCUGCUCACAGUGGCCUGCACCACCAUGAAGCCGCAGACAAUAGGCCUGGCCAAGGACGCUUGGGAGAUCAGCCGCAGCUCCAUCGCGCUCGAGCGCCGGCUGGGCACCGGCUGCUUCGGGGACGUGUGGCUGGGCAUGUGGAACGGCAGCACGAAGGUGGCGGUGAAGACCCUGAAGCCGGGAACCAUGUCCCCGAAGGCCUUCCUGGCGGAGGCGCAGAUCAUGAAGAUGCUGAGGCACGACAAGCUGGUGCAGCUGUACGCCGUGGUGUCGGAGGAACCCAUCUACAUCGUGACCGAAUUCAUGUGCCACGGUAGCUUGCUGGAGUUCCUUAAGGACCGGGAAGGCCAGGAUUUGACACUGCCCCAGUUGGUGGACAUGGCAGCCCAGGUGGCUGAGGGCAUGGCCUACAUGGAACGCAUGAACUACAUCCACCGCGACCUGAGGGCAGCCAACAUCCUUGUUGGGGAACGGCUGGUGUGCAAGAUUGCUGACUUCGGGCUGGCCCGCCUCAUUGAGGAUGAUGAGUACAACCCCCAGCAAGGGGCCAAGUUCCCCAUCAAGUGGACAGCCCCGGAGGCUGCUCUCUUUGGCAGAUUCACCAUCAAGUCAGAUGUGUGGUCCUUUGGGAUCCUGCUCACUGAACUCAUCAGCAAGGGCCGAGUACCCUACCCAGGCAUGAAUAACCGGGAAGUGUUGGAACAGGUGGAGCAUGGCUACCACAUGCCUUGCCCCCCAGGCUGCCCAGCAUCCCUGUACGAAGUCAUGGAGCAGACCUGGCGUCUGGACCCAGAGGAGAGGCCCACCUUUGAGUACCUGCAGUCCUUCCUUGAGGACUACUUCACCUCCACAGAACCCCAGUACCAGCCUGGGGAUCAGACAUAGCCUGUUUGGGCAUUCACCACUUUUCUGGGGUGCCCACCAAUCCCUUCCAGUCCCCAGGGCUCUGGUCCCAAAGCCCCCAGGCUUAGAACCCUAUAGGAUCCUAGCAUGUCAGAACAAGCAGGUUGCUCUGACAUCACCUAGGGCACCCCACUCUUUUUAAAGAUGGGGCCAUUUCAGGCUUAGAGAUCAUCCCUGACUCUGGCCCCAAGCACUAUUUCUCCCCUUCCCACUUAGGCUCCUACCUCUAGACUCUCUUCCCACCUCUCCCCCAAAAGAAAUGCUCAGACUUUGUCUAGUUAUUUAUAAAAUUGUAUAUCCUUUCCAUCACUCA